AUGCUUGUUAGUUUCUCAUUUUCUUUGUCCCCAUGCGAUUCAUGGGCAACAGAUUGGGCGGAUGCUUCGACAAGGACAAGGGAUUACUCGCACCCCAACAUCGUGAACUCGCCGUCGUUGCCACCAUACAAGGACGUGAUCGGCGGAGCUCCAGCACCAGCAGCCAACGUUCCUCCGUCGCCGCCGUACUGCGUGUACCCUCCCCCCGCAAAGCCUGCCUUGCCGGCCCCGCUGCCGCCGGUGGUGGCGAGCGCGCCCGGCGCGUCCCCGCCUGCCGGCCCGCCGUCCAUCGCGCCGGGCAGUAUUAGCCAGCCGGCACCGCUUUUUCUGCCGCCUGUGGCGUUCCCGGCGCCCCCGCCAGGGCGUGCGCGUCCGGGGCUGUGGUGCGUCGCGAACCCGGCGGCGGCGAGCGCGGUCGUGCAGGCGGCGAUGGACUACGCGUGCGGGUCGGGCGCGGACUGCAGCAUGGCGGCGCCAGGCGGGCCGUGCUACCUGCCGGACACGCUGAUGGCGCACGCCUCCUACGCGUUUAACAGUUACUGGCAGCGCACCAGGGUCGCCAGCGGGACAUGCGACUUCGGCGGCGCCGCCAUGCUCGUCACCAAAAACCCGAGUUAUGAUGGUUGUCAGUACAUUUACAUGUGA